AUUAUUCUCGAUCAAAGAAAGAAGGAAAGAAAGUCCCAGAGAACGGAAAUUCGGAGAAAAUGAGGACAAGCAUUGUUACCGAGGCAGGAUUGCCUACUAGGUUGGGGCAAUGGUGGGAUGGCAUUCCAUUCCUUACUUCUGCUGUGGUGGUUGUUUGUGGGAUUAUAUACUUGGUCUGUCUCUUAGUUGGAUAUGACUCCUUUUUUGAAAUAUGCUUCUUGCCCUCUGCAGUUCUAUCACGUUUCCAAGUUUACAGGAUUUAUACCUCCAUCUUUUUUCAUGGUUCACUGCUUCAUGUUCUGUUCAACAUGUUGGCAUUGAUUCCUUUGGGUUCUGAAUUGGAGAGAAUCAUGGGAUCUGUCCGCUUCUUGUACAUGAUAAUUCUAUUGGCUACAAGCAAUGCUAUAUUUCAUCUUCUCAUUGCACUAGUGGUGGCACAUAAUCCUUUUCACCCUUAUCUAUUUCUUAUGAAUGAGUGCUCAAUAGGCUUCUCAGGGAUUAUAUUUUCUACGAUUGUGAUUGAAACGAGGUUGAGUGGAAUCCAAUCUAGGAGUGUCUUCGGACUCUUUAAUGUGCCUGCCAAAUGGUAUGCGUUGAUCUUGCUGAUUGUGCUGCAGCUUCUUAUGACAAAUGUCUCAUUAGUGGGCCACCUAUGUGGCAUUUUGUCUGGAUUUGCAUAUGCUUAUGGCUUAUUCAACUUCUUGAUGCCUGGAACAUCAUUUUAUUCUAGCAUCGAGUCCUCCUCUUGGCUUUCAUCUUGCGUGAGAUGGCCUAAAUUUAUCUUGUGCACUGGCGAGAAUUCAGCGGGUUUCAUCCCGACAUAUUCAAGCCAAAAUACGGCUUCUAGUGGAUUAUUUUCUGGAAAUAUUUGGAGAAAUUUGUUGUCAUGGAUGCCACAAAGGGAAUCAUCUGCUCAGUCUACUGAAGACAGUCAAAGAUUUCUGGGGAGGGGGAGGACACUUGGAUCUGGGCAAAGUCAAAUAGUUUCUGCUGAUAAUUCAGAUUCAAACCUACAGGCCAGACUCUUGGAUAACAUCAACCUAGAUCAUCCAUCAGAUGUGGCAACAACUGGAACAGGACAACAAUUAUCUGAUGGGAGGCAGCAAGCAGCAGAUAAUGCAGCAGCUGGAGUCCCUGCACGCCAUCAGGGUUCAGAGGCUUCUGAUGAAGAAAUCCUAAAACUUGUAUCAAUGGGCUUUGAGAAGACACAGGUAGAAGUUGCACUAGCAGCUGCUGAUGGGGAUCUGAAUGUGGCAGUGGAAAUUCUCAUGAAUCAACAGGGAUAAAGAUGCAAAAGGAGCUUUGAUUUAUCAUUUAAAUCUACCAUGAGCUCAGUUCUGUUGACCUGCUUACCUGCUUCUAUCAUGAUUUUGGAUUGUGUUUUCUGAACAUCUUCCAAUGGUCAUUUAAAAAGGAUGCGGCCGAUUAGGGAAAGAUCCAAGCGGUGGCAAAUAUACUAAUUUUUUAUAAACAGGGGAAGAAGAAGAACAAAGUCGACGAGGUUGGUGAACAUUCAGAGCCAAUUUAAAAAGUGUAUCUUUAAUUUGCCUUCUAACUGAUCGAAAGUUCUCUCUCCUUAGAAUCUUCCAUAAUCCAGGCAAUGACCAACCCUUACCUGUAUUUAUACUUUUGUUAUCGUACCAAUUGACCAUAUUUGCCACUUCGAAGUUCGGGCUCAUCAUCCAGUGCCUUGAUCUGAACAACCCUUGUCCAAGAAAAUAAAUCAUAAUUUUCUUCC